CGAAAGAUGGUCCAUUGUCUUGAGUCCUCCCAUCGGUGGGGGUGGCUCUGCGAAAAGUUUUGCAAGGGGAAAACUUUUUAAAGGCUGUCACACUGGCUGUCGGGGGGAGACAGAUGGAGGACGGAGGGGGCCGCCUGCAAACCGCGAGCAAACCGUGACACCGACGCACAACCCCCCCCCCCAAAAGAAAGAAAGAGUGUAGAAGAAGCCCCUCAGAGAGGUCGCAACGAAGACGCCCCGCGGAGGCGCGCACGAUGUCCGGGCCCAGAGUGGAGGAGUUCGUUGGGACUGUCACAGAAGGGGAGAAGAAGUGCAACCCGGCCCAGAUGGAAGUCAUCUGAGUUUGCCAAUCGACGCGGUGUUUUGUUUGUUUUUUGGGGAGGGGAGAGGCAUUGUUAGAUGCUUCUGAACUACAGGCCAGCGUCCUGACAGGAACCAACAAAAAACACAACACAAAAACAUGCCCCGGUCGGAGCGAGGACGUCCCGCGUCCGGACGAGGAGCGUCCCCCCUUCGCGUCCUCGUCGCGCUGCUGACGGUCCUGGACAACUGCGGGACGUGGGGAUGGACCCAGGCACCAGAGACAUUUCUGCCGAACCCGCCGCACUACGAAGUGGUCCGCCCCACCAGAGUGGAUGCCGGGGGUCGCUUCCUGUCCAACUUCCUGUCGCACCACGCUCGCCGAGUGCAGCGCCGGGACGCCUCGGGGGCACCGGCGGACCCCGAUCGGGUCUUCUACCAGUUGCGGCACGGCGGCCACAGUUUGAACUUUAACCUCACCCUCAACCCGCACCUGCUGGCUCCGGGCUUCCUGACCGAGAGGAGGUACGGUGGCCUGGAGGGGGCCCGGAUCCGCGCCCCCGGAUCCUCCCAGUGCUAUUUCUUAGGCGAAGUGUGGGACGGGGCCACUGUGAAAGGGAACGCGGCCAUAAGUACGUGCGACGGACUGACAGGACUGUUCAAGUUGUCCGACGAGGAGUUUUUCAUUCAGCCUCUGGAGAGGUCGGGCGACGACGCCUCGGCGCCGCAGGCCCACGCCGUCUACAGGCGCCACGCGUCGCCUCCCGCCCGGAGUCCGGUGGUGGAGUUGAUCUCAGGGAAACAAGCUCUCAACGGCACCUGCGGACUCAAAAAUUCCCAUCAAAGUCCCGAAGACACCGAGGAACAGCGGGAGCGCUGGGAGCAGCGCCAGCAGCAGCGGAGGAGGAGGAGGAGGAUCCGCCAGCGCUCGGUGAGCAAAGAGAAGUGGGUGGAAACGCUGGUGGUGGCCGACCCCAAAAUGGUGGAGCACCAUGGCAGCAGAGCCGUGGAGAGCUACGUCCUCGCUGUCAUGAACAUUGUGGCGGGUCUGUUCAGAGAUGCCAGUAUUGGAAACGCAAUCAACAUUGUGGUGGUACGACUCAUCCUACUGGAGCAGGAUGAGGAUGAAUUGAAGAUAACGCACCACGCUGACAACAGCUUGAACAGCUUCUGUAAGUGGCAGAAGAAGCUCAACAUGAAAGGAGACGAACACCCACUGCACCACGACGUGGCCGUUCUGCUCACCAGGAAGGAUAUCUGUGCAGCCAUCAACAUGCCCUGUGAGACUCUGGGCCUGUCCCACGUGGCGGGGAUGUGUCAGUCGCAUCGCAGUUGCAGCAUCAGCGAGGACACGGGCCUCCCGUUGUCCUUCACCGUGGCACACGAGCUGGGACAUAACUUUGGGAUUCAGCAUGAUGGCAACGGUAAUGACUGUGAACCCAUUGGAAAACAACCUUUCGUCAUGUCUCCACAGCUCUUGUACGGCACCUCCAUGCCCAGGUGGUCCCGUUGCAGCCGCCAGUAUAUCACCCGCUUCCUUGAUCGUGGCUGGGGCUGGUGCCUUGACGACCCCCCGGCGAAGGAUAGGCUGUCCCUGAGCUCCGUUCUUCCCGGGGUUCUGUACAGCGCCGCUCAUCAGUGCAGGCUGCAGUAUGGAUCCGGGUCCCUGCUCUGUGACGACAUGGACAACGUGUGCAGCACCCUGUGGUGCACUGUGGGGACAACCUGCCACUCGAAGCUGGACGGGGCCGCGGACGGGACCGGCUGCGGUGAGGACAAGUGGUGUUUCAGUGGAGCGUGCGUGGCCUUUGGAUCUCACCCCGAGAGCGUGAACGGCGGCUGGGCGUCCUGGAGCGAGUGGUCGGCCUGUUCCAGGACCUGCGGGGCCGGGGUCCAGGGCGCCCACAGAGACUGUGAGAACCCAGUUCCCAGGCACAGGGGGAAGUAUUGUCUGGGAGAGCGGCGGAGGUACAAGGUCUGCAACAUCACGCCGUGUCCCCACGAGCCGCCCACCUUCAGAAGCGUCCAGUGUAGCCACUUCAACGCCCUGCCCUACAAGGGCAAGUUCUACCAGUGGGAAGCGGUCAUCAACAGAGUCAACCCGUGUGAGCUGCACUGCCGGCCGCUGAAUGAACAUUUCUCUGAAAAGAUGCUGGACGCCGUCACCGAUGGGACGCCGUGCCUCGAGGGCAACAAGAGUCGGGAUAUGUGCAUCAAUGGCAUCUGCAAGAACAUAGGCUGUGACUACGGGAUCGAGUCCAGUGCUGUGGAGGAUCGCUGUGGCGUUUGUCUUGGCAACGGUUCCACCUGUACGACUGUGAAGAAAACCUUCGACGAGAGCGAGGGGCUUGGCUAUGUAGAUAUCGGACUGAUCCCAGAGGGAGCCAGGCACAUCCGCAUCGAAGAGGUGGCGGCGGCCGGGAAUUUCCUGGCGCUGCGAAGCGACAACCCCAACACGUAUUUCCUGAACGGCGGCUGGACGAUCCAGUGGAACGGGGAGUACAAGGCAGCCGGCACCGUCUUCACCUACGUGCGGACAGGCCACCUGGAGAACCUGACGUCGCCGGGGCCCACCACGGAGCCGCUGUGGAUUCAGCUUCUCUUCCAGGAGAAAAAUCCCGGAGUGCGGUACGAGUACACGAUCAACCAGUGGGUCUCACAGGACACCGACGUUGUUCCUCGGUCAGCUUUCUUCUGGAAGUAUGGUUCAUGGACCGAAUGCAGCGUCACCUGCGGAACAGGUGUUCAGAGGCAGAUUGUUCACUGUGUGGAAAAGACGACUGGGAUCGUGGAGGAGCACCUCUGUGACCCCUUGACCCGACCUGACGAUAACCAAACCAGCUGUAACAAGGAUCCAUGUCCAGCCAUAUGGUGGGUCGGGGAGUGGCACAAAUGCUCGGCGAGCUGCGGCAGCUCGGGCCUGGCUGCGAGGACGGUGCUCUGCAUCCAGGCAGUGAGUGCGGAGGAGCAGAAGGCCCUGCAGCCCAGCGACUGUGAGCACAUUCCCAAACCCGGGGCCCUGUCCUCCUGCAACACCGACAUCCCCUGCCCGGCGGACUGGACCGCCGGCAGCUGGUCAAAGUGUUCACUGACAUGCGGAAGCGGCGUGCGUCGCCGCAACGUGACCUGCUCGAGAAACACGGGCGCCGACUGCGACCCCCAGAAGAAACCUCUGGCCGCCGGCGCCUGCUACGCUCAGGACUGUCCGCAGGUUGUGGACAACUUCGGCGGUGUCGACUGGUCGGGGAGCGGCUGGCCGAGCAAAGAAGUGCUCAACGAGAUCAACUCCGUACCCGAGGCCAAGCCUCCCGCCAAGCACGGCCCGACCAGAGCCCAGCCGAGGACUCCUCACAAACUCAGCGACGCUGUCGAGGGAGAUUUCCACUACCACAACAACAUUGAAGAUAUCGAUCAGAACAGUGUUCAGGUGGAUGAUUUUUACUACGACUAUAACUUCAUCAACUUCCAUGAGGACCUGUCGGACGACUUUGAGCGCGACGGGAAGGAUUCGGGGGACGGCCGCGGACUCCGUCCCCCGCGGGAGGAGCAGCCGGGCCCCAGUGUGAAUGAAAAGGCCCCUGUGGAGAGUACAGCCGCUCCCACGGCUACCCGGGCCGUUACAAAGGCCCCUGCCCACACGGUGAACACGGAGGAGCCACGGGACACAAAUCCGGACAACGCGAAGGACAGCGGGGAGGCAGGGACAGAUUUGGACGACUUUCUUUCGGAGGAUUAUCUCCUGCCUGUGUCUAUGACUCACUCUCCACCGAUGUCUACGACUCGGCGUUCACAGACACCAAGAGAGAGACCCGGCGAUGCGCGGUGGCCUGAGAACAUGAGCACAGCGCCCAGUCUGACAUCCACCACAAAGGAGCCUGAACAGGAAGUGACACGGGGACAAUACGUGGAGGUGACCGACGGUCACUAUGACUACUUCACUGAGGAGGAAACUCACACCGAGGAUGCCACUGUGACGCCAAAACACGCUGCUCCCGCUCCCGGACGCCAAACAAGUAUUAGCACAGUUGUUUCGACAGCAGUGGACGCUCAGGGGGAGGAGGAGGAGGAGCAACAUGAAGAUUACGUGUACAGUUACGACGAAGGUCCGGAUGUCUCUGCGGAACGAGAAGAUGUGGAGAGUCCAGAGCCUCCCGAGCCAGAAACUGUAAUUCAGGUUAAGUCCGAAGACCAACUGGAUGAGAGUGCUUUAGAAAUACCUCAAACAGUUAGUCAACCGACACUGUUUCCAACUCCCUUCACGUCGAAGGGCUUGAACUUGGAUUACGCCACUUUUGCUCCGGUGUACGCCACUGGCGAGGCUAAUUCGUGGGAGACUGACCUUGACCUCGGUGCGACCUCAAGACGUCCUGCCUCUGAGAGAUCCACCCCUCUCCCUGUGCUCAUCCCAGGUAGCCAAGAGGCCUCUGAAGACACCACGUCAUUAACCGGUACCGAGACCGUUCCUCCCACAGAUCCGGAGGGAGCCGCUCGGCCCUCUCCGGCUGACCUCCUGCCAGCCGCGGUGGAGCGGACGCCUGCCUUCGCAUCCCAAGCGCCACCGUGUGCUUCAGCCGAUUUCGACUACAAUGACGUUAUCGUUCCCAGCAGCAGUAUCGGGGGUCCUGCCCCUUCUCACGGGGUCCCGACGAACUCAGCCGCCCCGCCUCGACGCGGCACAACACCGGCGACGGGGGUGGAAUCGGCAACACCUGCUGCGCUCCUCUCGUCCACACAUCCACCUACUCUGAGGCCACCUUCCGUUCCAACAUCCGCGGCCUCCACGCAAGCCACCACCGCCGCCUCCUGGGUCGCCGGCAACUGGAGCGCUUGUUCCACCAGCUGUGGCCUCGGUGCUAUCUGGAGAACCUUGGACUGUAGUACCGGCUCCGACGCUGACUGCGAUCCGGCCAAGCGGCCUGCGCCCGCCCAGCGGUGCUACCUGCGCCCCUGCUCCACAUGGAAACUCGGGGAAUGGAGUAAGUGCUCUAAGAAUUGUGAAGGCGGCAUCCAAUCACGCGAGGUCCAGUGUUUCGACAUGCGGGAUCAGAGACCCCUGCGACCUUUCCACUGCCGGGCCAUGUCCUCCAGGCCCCAAACCCAAAUACCCUGUAACCUUCAGCCGUGUCUCGACUGGUACACCUCCUCCUGGGGUCAGUGCUCUGAGGUGUGUGGAGGAGGUGAGCAGCAGCGCAUAGUCACAUGUCCGGAGGAGGAUCGAUGUGACUGGGACAUUCAGCCCAGCAACAUCAAGUCGUGUAACAGCCAGCCUUGUGCUCAGUGGCUGACUGGAUCAUGGGGACAGUGUUCAGCUUCCUGCGGCGGCGGAGUGCAGCAUCGCCUCAUCAAAUGUGUCGACACGACGCCCGAGGCGGACGCAGAAGUGGAUCAGGCUCAUUGUGACCACGAGCCGCGGCCUGAGAGCACCGACACGUGUAACCUACAGGCGUGUGAGAGCGCCCCCUCUGCAGCGGUUUGUCUCCGCGACCGGCUGACGUCCCGUUUCUGCCAGACCCUCCGCUCGCUCGGCCGUUGCCACUUGGCCAACGUGCGGGCACAAUGCUGCAGAACCUGCGGCCCGCGCUCCCGCCGCUGAGGUGCCGACAUGGUGCCAACCACUCGCAGGCGCCUCGUCGUGGAGAGGAACACUGAUUGGUUGAGCCACUGAGCGGCGGAACAUCAUGUAAAUCAUCAUUUUAAAGUCAACAAUUUCUUCACCACUACGGACUGAUCAUGAAGCAGUCCCCCUCCAAACGUCUGCAUCUUUGUGCCGGGGGGAUUAUUAUUAUGACCUCAUACAGGGCUGAAAGCUACUGGGGAAUAUAACUAAGCCUUUCUCUUAGCGAAACAACGAGAAUGUAAACGUUUGUUUGCACUUUUAUAUUAUUAUUAUUAUUAUUAUUAUUAUUAUUAUUAUACUGUGUGACCGGAAUGACAUUUUAUGAAUCAAAAUUGUGGUGCUACGUGAAAUCGGAAGGGUCUCCUGUCAAUGUAGCCUACCAAUGUGGUUUAUCUACAUUAUUACGCAUGUAGAUAAACCACUCGUUAACCUUUGAUUGUUGGUACAACGCUUUCAUUUCAUUGACGGAGGCAGAAACUGUACAGAUCGAAACGGACGGCAGGUAUAAAAAAAUGUUCCCACUGUGCUUUUUUGCGUGUUAUGUGGUACAAGAUUAAUGAAGCUAAAAAAAUAAGUGGCACAUAAAGGCCUCGUGUGGUAUCCGUAAACAACUGAGCGUUGGCUAAGCCCUGCCCCCCCCCCCCCCCCCGCUCGGCUGUUAUUGGACAGUUCCUGCCUGGUGGAGCGGGUUUCAGCAAAUGGUCAGUUCACACCUCUAAUGUCCACAGCAGCUUUUUUUCUUUUUUUAAAUCCUUUGUUUUUUGUUGUUUUUUAGGGCAGUUGAAUCAGUUACAGUUGUGUGGUGCCACUCCUUAGCUUUACCGCGCACAUUUAAAAAAAAAAAAAAAAUUGAAGUCACAAGGUGAGAUGUAAAUGUAAAAAGAUGCAGCAAAAUUCUUGGUGCUAGAAGCCACACGGGCUCCGGACGAUUUGGGUCAGGUAUUGGCAGGCCCAGUGCCUUUUCUACUUGAAUAUUGGAUCAUUUGAUGUGUUUUUUAAUGACCACUUGAUUGAAAUUGGGUUAAAUUCCGUAUUUCAGAAUAAAUGCUUUGGGGUUUUUUUUCAAAGGCAAUUAGGAGUUAUUAAAAGGAAGAAUGUCAGUGUCAUGUCACAUUGGGUUUAUUAACAUGAACUAAGGCAUUGGGUAGCCUGGUUACUGUACAGAGGGGGUUUUAGCAGCCGUUAUCUUCUUGUCUGAGAGCAACUAAAUACCUGACACCCCUCACUCCGUCAUCUUCUGUGCUCGUCCCUGCAUUCAGAAAAAGAAAAAGAAAUAGAGAGAUCUUUUUGACACUGACACACACUGUGUAGGCAGCAAUUUUGUCUUUUCAGCCGGAAUUGAAAAGACAGACUCCGUCGGUGUUGCGGAAGCCCAGGCAGCAGCGGCGGCAGCACCAUCAUAUUCUCCUGUGAUUCUUCUGUAGUCUUUUUGUUGUGUUGGGAAAAGAAAUAUCUAUAAUUCUGUGAGGAAAAAGAAGGGGGGGGGGGGGGGAGUGUUGAGUUACAGGGCGAGUUAUUGUUCUGUCCGAUCUCAGACAUCACAAAACCUCUUUGUUGACGAGCGUACAGUACAGUGUGUUGUCGUCAGGCAGCCGCAGACACCUAUAGACUGUACAGGAAGAUGGACAACGUGUCUCCGACAUUUGCCACGUCGACCGUCUUUGUAUCUUUGCAUACGGACUAUAACACGAGUCAAAUUACAGUUUGCAGUGUCGCCACAUCUCAGAAGUCACACACAAGUGAUUAUUAUUCGAUGAUGCAUUGCUGUGAUUUACCUUCGUUGUAUAUUAAAGGUCAAAUAUAA